UUUGAUAUUUACCGUCCUUGUCUUGUCACUUGUCUAACGUUUUUUAUACAAGAGGGGAUUGAUUUGUGAUUUGUUCUUUGUUUUGAUAUUGAUAAAUUAAUUAAUUAACGGAUAUCAUGAUCUUGAUAAGUUUUUUAAUUUUAAUCAGAAUAACCUUUGUGGCAACCUAAGAUGUCUGCAAGGGCAAUCGUAAUAUUUGUUUUUACAAUAUUUGCAACAAAUGCUAUAUGUGCUGAUAACUCAUUCAAGCAAAAUCCUUGGCAGAAUGUGAACAAUUCCAGUUAUAAUUAUAACACUCAGGACAAAAAUUUUGUCACGCCAUGGCCAGCACUGGGUGGUCGGAGAAACCAACAGAACAAUUUGCAAAGUACUAGGGCUCCUCAGUGGGUUCGUCCAAAUAAUGGACCGAAUUGGGUGAGAAAUACUUCGCCAACUAACUCUCAGGGAAGUAACCAAAACAAUAAUGUACCAGUUCAAAAUUUUAGACCAGCUUCACAAAAUUCUAAUUCGUAUAACCAAGAAAGAUAUUAUGUGAGGGAACCAAAUGUGAAUUAUCCAAGGUUUGAUAGUAGUGCAAAUAGGGCAAACCAAAAUACGUAUAAUCGGGGAGGUAGUUAUGCAAGACCUGCUGGAGUAAAUACUGUUGUUUCUUCAGGGUCUUUUCUAACUGGUUCAGAUGAUGCUAGAGGAUCUAACCAAGGAUCUAGUGCUAAUUCUAACGUAGAAGUUGAUGAUAAUGAAUUGCGUCAAUUCUCAGAAGAUUUGUUGAAUAAAGAUACUGUUAAUAAUGCUGCUCAGUAUGUUACUAUUAAUUGGCAAGGACUUACUACUUCAAGAUCUACUAGAGAUGAAGCUCCUUUACCCCUUUUGUCUGUAAGUCCCGCAGCGUAUUCCUUGACUACAAUCUCAAAACUCUUACCGUUAUAUGAUAACUACAUUUUGGAAGCAAACAAAAAUGAAGUUACUUCACAGCAAGAGAAAAACGAAGAGGGAGAUCUUUUGAACGCCAUAGUUCAAACUCCUGUGAUGCAAUAUACAAGGAAUUUUCUCAUGAGUAAAGGAAAAAUAGGAAGAGAUGUUCAAGAAUUUAAAGACCUCUUGAAUCUUAUCUGGUUUAAUAUGUAUUCAAGGCAAGGAGGAAAGCUUGGCUCAAGCGCGUUUGAACAUGUCUUUUUGGCAGAGAUAAAAAACAACCAAGUGUCUGGAUUACAUAACUGGGUGUACUUCAACGAAGAAGAGAACAAGAAUCAUGCUAAUUAUUUGGGUUAUAUGAAGAAAAUCGAUUUGGGUGGUAAAGGGUAUAUAGUUAAAUUCCACUUUACUCUCAAUGGUGUAGACAAACCAGUAAACUCCAUGUUUAUUGGUACCAGCCCUGAACUGGAAAUGGCGUUAUAUUCUACCUGUUUUCUUCUGAGACCUGAUAGAGUGUGCCCUCUAAAGUUGAAUGGCAAUCGUUUUAUCAUAAGGACUUACACAUUCAGAUACCGAGGAAAGAAUUUGAUUGGAAGUGCGUUCCCAGAGAUUUAAUUUCUUGUUGCAUUUUUAAAUAUUUUUUAUUAAUAAAGAAUAAAAUUGUAUCUGAGUAAA